CUUAGGGCACAUAACACAUUUGUCAGAAUUUGUCAGAAUGCAAGAACCAGAAAAAGAUCCUAAUUGCAAUCCAAUGCAACCGCUUUUAGAGGGGUGUGCUCCUGAAGAUGGAACAAGGAAUGAACCCACCCCUCCCCCUGAGAUGAACAAUCUGCAGCAGCCAGGGGAAGACCACAGCAUGCAGUAUGACAUUGUGAAGGCCACACAAUAUGGCGUGUUUGAGCGUGUCGAGGAGCUGGUGGAGGGCGGUCUGGAUGUGAACACAAUGGACCAGGAAAACGUCAGUCUGAUGCACUGGGCAGCCAUCAACAACAGGAUCAACAUUGUUAGGUACUUGAUCAGUAAAGGAGCAGUGAUAGAUCGGUUUGGAGGGGACCUGAAUUCAACUCCCCUGCAUUGGGCAACAAGACAAGGUCACCUGCCAAUGGUUGUACUUUUGAUGUCGUAUGGAGCAGACCCUUCAGUCAGAGAUGGAGAAGGCUGCAGUUGCAUCCACCUGGCUGCCCAGUUUGGCCACACAUCUAUUGUUGCAUACCUGAUAGCCAAGGGUCAAGAUGUGGACAUGCUGGACAAGAAUGGGAUGACCGCCCUUAUGUGGGCCUCUUAUAGGGUCUUUGGCUAUGACCCAGCGCGACUGCUGCUGACAUUUGGUGCAUCUGUGAACAAGCGGGACAGAGUGAAUGAAAACACGCCCUUACAUUGGUCCAACCUGACAGGGAACAAUGUUGUCGGAAAAAUGCUUCUCAAGGCUGGCGCGGAUCUUGAUGCUAUCAAUUCAAAGGGAGAGAGCCCACUGGAUGUAGCUGCCCAGCAGAAGAAUGUGGGCAUGGUGAAAAGAAUCCGGGAACUGCGACUAGAGAAGGGGCUUGACUCCCGUAACUGUCUCAUCAAGUACACAGCUGACCAGACUUUCAAGAGGAGAGUAAUGUUUGGUUUCCCAUUCUUAGUUCUGUUUGCCAUUGGAUUUAUUCCUGAGUGUAGUUUCCCCAUUGAGAUCAAGCUGCUGUUGGCUGGUUUGGUCUUCUUGUUCUGGAGGGCUUGCUCAUUGUUUAUAUUCGAUGACAGUCUGUGGGUGGUGAUGCCGGUAGCCUGGUACCUGGCCACCAAACUGUGGAUGUACACCACCUGGAUUCUUUACCUCCACCCUAUUGUGGAAGCCAGCCUGUUGCAGGAUGUGAUGUUCUGGACUGUAUCUGUGCUCCUGACCUUCAACUUUUGGAAAGCCUGGAAAACAGACCCUGGCUUUAUUAGGACAGAUAAAACAGAGAAAAUAAAGGGCAUUUUAGAGUUAGCCGAGUCACAGACGUUACACCUGCACCAGUUCUGCACAACAUGUCUGAUCCGGCGGCCACUCCGCUCCAAGCACUGCUCUGUGUGUAACAAAUGCGUGGCCAAGUUUGAUCACCAUUGCCCCUGGGUGGAGAACUGUGUUGGUGCGCUGAACCACAAGUAUUUUGUGAGCUACUUGUUCUUCCUGCAGAUUCUCGUGUGCUGGUGCAUUUAUGGCUGUCUUUGUUACUGGAGUGUAAACUGUGAGAAGGUUCACUUUUACGAUGAUGGGAUCACAGGCUCUGUGUGGAAGGUGGUAAAACCCUCGCCCUGGGUGUUCUGGAUCGGGCUCAACAGCUUCCUACACUUUCUCUGGGUUGGAGCUCUCCUGCUGAGUCAGCUAUACCAGAUCAUGUGGCUUGGUAUGACGACGAACGAGCGUCUGAACCAUGCAAGGUAUUAUUACCUGGAUGCAAUGAGCAAGAAGCGUAUGGCUGAGAACAAUGCACCGAAGGCUCAGAAUCACGGACAUUCUCAUGGAAUUGGGGACAAACAGUGCUUCAAUGAUCAUUCCCAGAAACCAUACAGAAAUCCAUUUCACCGAGGAGUAUUGAAGAACCUUAUAGACGUUUUAGGCUGCCGAUGCUUUGGUCUUUUCCGUCCCAGCAAGAUGAACUGGUAUAACCAGUACGACAUUCCUGGAGAAGAGACCGCCAGUACAAGAAUGCCGCUCAAUGUCCACAGAGAUAACUACCAAUUUGUUUGAAAGUAGAUGUAUUUCAAUAUAGGAACAAAUUCUACUGUGAUAGUAGCAACCUAGUGUGUGACCAAAGAUCAAAUACCUGUAUGCUUGUGUAGACCUGUACCUUUCUGAUAGUUGAACACCAAAUUCUGUUUCCAGAAACUGUAGUAUAAUCAUUGCUCUUAAAUUAAAUUUGAGCAUGUUUGUAAAGUUGUUUACAUGAUUCACAAACAAUCUGAUGAUAGUAAACUGUCCAGAACAAGAAGAAAACUGUGCCUGUCAUCAGCCAUGCACUCUUUGACUUUUUGUUAUUUUUGAAAACGAAUCAUUGUUUCUCUGGAUUAGCCGAAUAGCUGCCAUUGAAUUAUAUUGUUCUUGUAGCUGUUUUCGCUAAUAUUCACUGUUAUUGUUGUUAACAGUGUUUUAUAGUAAUCAUGUGUUUGAGUGUUUUAGUGUGUUUUUUAUUUGAUGUCUGAAUAUUUUUCACACAUUAUAUUGUAGGAUGUGUAAUUAAAUUUGUUUUGAUAUACAUGUAUGUAUUUGUCAUUCAUCAAUUGUAACGGGUACCAGUAAUCGAUUUCCCUUAUGCCAUACAUACUCGCCCCACAUUGGAAGCUUCCUCUUCAGGCACUAGGGAAAUGAAUGUUAAUAAUCAAUGGAAAAAAUGUGCAACAAUACAUGUUAUAUACAAUUGUAAAGUUCCCACACUUUUCUUACAGUGUCUGUGAAAUGUUUGCUCUUUUUAUUUAACAAACUGGGUUAUGAACAACUAUUAUUUGAAAGAAUUAUUUGAAAGAACCCAGGCACUGCCCAUUUUUACAUACAGAUUAAAGUUUAGUAGAAUUGUAGCAUAUAUUGAACUAAAUAGUUAUUUAUCUAUAGUCAUACUAAAACAUAAAAACAUGACAAAGUAGCUUUAUAUUAUAAUGUACAUGUAUAUAAAAAUGAAAUCCAACUGGUGUUAUAAAACUUAAAAGAAACAUAUAAUUAUAUUGUGAUUAAAACUCAUCCUUGCUUUGCUUAAAAUAAGGUCACAUUUUCAUGCAUUUUACGCUGAAUGAACUGUGUACAUUGUACAUUUCAUUUCUGAGUUUCUAUUAUCAUUUAAAUGAUAUCACGAUAAACUUUUUUUACAUAAACAAUUAUUUGUUUUUAACUUUUGACUUGACACAACAAAAUUGCUUUAUUAUAGUGAAUUCUGUGUUUCAUAAGUUUGAUCAUCAUAGUCUUUUAAUACUGUAUUCACAAUGUACAGCUACAGUUUCCACAUCCUAUCAUGUUCAUUUUGUGCUCAUCCUAUAUAUUUAAUGCAAGAGCUUCUUCUCAUUCAAUGCAUUUUUAUAUACAACAUGCAACCAACUGCAUACCUUCAGUAUAUUACUACCUAGUUUAGAGGAAACCUGUUUCACUUUAGUAUUGUUUUUGUAUUCCUUUACUAGAAUUGUUUGAUGUAUUUAGUACAUGGACUUUGUUGAAUAGUGUUAAUUAUUAUCUUUUUGUAAUCUUCUUACUAAAUAAAGCUGCUCUGAA